ACUAAGCGCGUGUAAUUUUUAUUUUGCCGGUGUUUACUUUAGGAGGAUAGGAAUAUCUGGUGCCGUCUGGGGAACUUGGCAAACUAAUCAAAUCACAAAACGAAAAAAAAUAACUGCAAUCAUGUCUGCUGCUAUGCCAAUUAAUCCAAAACCAUUCCUAAAUGGAUUGACAGGAAAAGCUGUUAUAAUAAAACUGAAAUGGGGUCAUGAGUAUAAAGGAUACUUAGUCUCCGUAGAUGGGUAUAUGAAUAUGCAACUUGCUAAUACCGAAGAGCACACUGCUGAUGGACAAGUCACAGGGAAUCUUGGUGAAGUUCUUAUUCGAUGCAACAACGUGUUAUAUAUAAAAGGAGUAGAUGAUGAGGACGAGGAGGGCGAAAUGAGAGAUUAAAGUUUAGUUAAUAAAUAUAAAGAAAACCGAA